UCUCUGCCCCACCCCACCCCCUCCUCUCCUCCCCCUCAGUCUCUUCCUCCCGCCCUCCAACCCGUCCCCGUGUCCCAGUAAAGCGCUUUGAGCUCCGGGACUCGUCCUAGUAGCCUAACGCCGUCAGAUGGAAACAUGGCGACAGAGUUCCAUAACCUCCAAGAGUUGAGGCACAGUGCAUCUCUGGCCAACAAGGUGUUCCUGCAGAGAGACUACAGUGAUGGGACCACCUGCCGCUUCCAGACCAAGUUCCCUUCUGAGCUGGAGAGCAGGAUUGAGCGGCCGUUGUUUGAGGACACAGUGAAGAGGUUGAAUAUCUACUAUGCGGAGGCAGAGAAGAUGGGAGGCCAGUCCUACCUGGAGGGAUGUCUGGCCUGCGCUACAGCCUACCUCAUCUUCCUCUGUAUGGAGACACGCUAUGAGAAGGUGUUGAAGAAGAUAGGCAGGUACAUCCAGGAGCAGAAUGAGAAGAUCUACGCCCCGCGAGGUCUACUCAUCACUGACCCCAUCGAGAGGGGCAUGAGGGUCAUAGAGAUCUCUAUCUAUGAGGACCGAGGCUCCAGUGGCUCCUGCUCAGGCUCCAGCUCUACGUCCGGCAGCAGUGCUCGGUGACCGGGUACAUGUCACCUCCUCGCCACCUCCCCGGUCCCUGGAACGCUACACCCAACCACAGUGUUCGGUGACUGGGUCCACGGCACCUCUACCCCCCUGAUCCCUGGAGCUCUACAACCCUGGUCCCUUAGAGAACCACCCCGACAGCAGUGCUUGGUGGGCUGGGUAUGCCUCACCUACCGCAACCACAAUGGCCCUGACCGUAACAAACUUGAGCUAACCGACCGAACAUUCGAUCGCAACUGAACCACAUGGACCGAAGCAGAUCAAGCUGAAUCUAUCAACGUUGGGAAUACUGACGAUUUAAAAUUGCAUUUUGGUUACGUCCCAAAUGGCAGCCUUUUCAGGCCCUGGUAAAAAAGACACUAUAUAGGGAGCCAUUUGGGACACACAUCCUCCUAUAGUGCACUAGUUUGGGGCUCUGGUUAAAAGUAGUGCACUAGUUUGGGGCUCUGGUAAAAAGUAGUGCACUGUGUUUGAAGAUAGUAGUGUUCAAGAUAGUGACUAGGGUGUCAUUUGAUAGGGAACGAUGAUGGACUACUACUACUAAUAGGGAGCCAUUUGGGAUGUAGCACUACACAGCUCGGCUGAGAUGUAAACCACAUGGAUGGGCUGAUAGUAGCAAACAGAUGAAUGCAGCUCGUUCCAUCCAGAGACAUAUAUAUUAGCCUGUAUAAAUGGCUCAGGUACCAUCCACUGGUCAGUGUCAUGAUGCAGCUUGGUAUCAAACACUCCACAACCCAGCUAACCUCUUGUCUUCAGUGCUGAACCACCAGCUCUCCUAGAUCAUGAUUAUGCAAAUACACAGCUACCUGUAUAGACUAUGUAGCAUCCUUUAACAUAGUGUUCUUCAGUCCUGGUGUUUUAGUGCUGGUCUGGAACAAAAGCCUGCACCAGGACCCUGUAAUAAAGUCAUGAACAAUUCUUCCUGCACGCGCACAAACACUCCUUCCUUUUUUGCUACACAAACCCUCCUCCAAAGAACCAUAAACUGCCAAAAUGUCAUUAUUUAUUGAUGUGAUGCGCCUGCCUUUUUAUUUUCAUCUGGGACAUGUUUAUGCAAAAGUAAGAGAACUGGAACCUUCAUAAAAGUAGAGAACUGGAACCUUCAUAAAAGUAGAGAACUGGAACCUUCAUAAAAGUAGAGAACUGGAACCUUCAUAAUGCUUGUUGUUGUUGUUGUUUGAUACUCGUGAUCAGAAGAACUUUAAUAAAUAACUACUGCUCUUCCAUCACUCCA